UCCAAAGUCAUCACGGCACGUCCAACUUUUCCCCAAUCUUUCUCCCAGAGAGCAGUGAAAAUGAAUCGCAGGAAGAGUGGCGCUCCCUUCUUCCUCUGCUUCGCCCUGUGCUUCGCGAGCGUUUGUGAGGCUGCGGCGCUGGAUGCGCGCCUCGCGCGGGAGCAGCCUCUGCGGAACGGGACCUCCGUCCAUAUCCCAGCAUACAUGAUGGCCCUGUACAGGACUUUAUCCGAGCUGGACCGACGAGGGGCCAACGGCAGCCUGGCCCGCUUCAGGAGACACGCCAACACAGUGACCAGCUUCAUAGAGCAGCGGCAAGAGAAGCCUUCGGACGGGUCCCAUCAGCGCUAUAUCUUUGACCUCUCUGGCCUCUCUAGGAUGGAGGAGCUGGUGGAGGCGGAGCUGCGGGUUCUGCGGAGGCCCCCGCCUGACGUUGGGAGAUUAUUGUCCCAGGGAGGAAGCCUGUACCGCCUCCUCCUCUACAGCUGCCCCCGUCCUGGCUCCUUGGACAGGCCUCUACUGCUCACCUCACGGACUAUUGACAUUCUGGACACCAUCUCAGCCACAUGGGAUGUGUUUGACAUCCUCGCUACCGUGAAGGCCAGUCGCAAAAAGCGCAGGACAGCUCGAGGCAGCAACUUUGUAUGUUUUAGCGUCGCUGUUGUUUGUGAAUCAACAAAUGAGGCAGUGUACCCUCCAUUGCUGGGCCUAGGAGGGGAAGCCCAGGGGGGCCAAGAGAGGGCCUUGCUCGUGGCCUUUUCCCACACCCGAAGGAAAGAGAAUCUAUUCAGGGAGAUCCGUGAAAAGAUGAAGGCUGUUCAGAAUGGGAGCCUUCCAGGCCCAACAUUUGAGGGCAGCGGCCGGCCCAGGAGGCGACGGAAGAGGAGGACGGCUCUAGCGGGACGCUCCAGUGGAACAGGGGGUGGUGGUGGCGGGGCUGGAGGAGGUGGAGGCGGGGCAGGGGGUGGGACAAAAGGAGGGGGAGGAGGUGGAGGUGGCAGGAGGAGGACCCGGUGUAGCCGAAAGCCGCUGCACGUCAACUUCAAGGAGCUGGGCUGGGAUGACUGGAUCAUUGCACCACUGGACUACGAGGCAUACCACUGCGAGGGUGCCUGUGACUUUCCCCUGCGCUCACACCUCGAGCCCACCAACCAUGCCAUCAUCCAGACCCUCAUGAACUCUAUGGACCCAGAGUCGACGCCACCGAGUUGUUGCGUACCCUCCAAACUCAGCCCCAUCAGCAUCCUCUAUAUAGACUCCGGCAACAAUGUGGUUUACAAGCAGUAUGAGGACAUGGUGGUGGAGCAGUGUGGUUGCAGGUAGCAGCGUGAGAACGGGGCUGGACUUUGCGGCCCCUUAGGACUCAGAACCCAAAGCAGCCUCUCCUGAGGCCUAACGCAAGCACUGCCAGGCUCAAAGAAAGGAGUCAAAAGCACUAUUCGACCUGGAUUAGUUUUGUCACGGGAGGUUAUAUGAUGUGUUUUUGUAAAAGGAUUUGAACUUAUUUGAGUAUCUGCACAAUUUCCCCAAAUUACCAUAGCAAGGAAUGAAAGGUCAUCAUUCAGAUAUGAGUUACGUAUUUAACACUAUUGCUAACAAUAAUAAGUAAUGGCUAACAAUAACAGUAACUAAUGCAUAGGCUGUGUCUGUUAGCAUGGUUUGUUAUUACCUUACCAUGAGAUUAUUUAGAAAAGGAAUACUGUUACUGAAGGAGCUCCCGGUUCAGCAAAUUACAGAAGUCAACUCUGGACUAUGGCCAUUCAAAUUAUAGAAGUAACUCUAGACUAUGGCCAUUCAAAAUGAAUACAGGGUUAAAAUCAUAUAUCUUGUUCGUAAGCACUUCGUAAAUUAUAGUACCUUCCCAGGUUAAACUAAUCCACUUCAAAUAGGGCUGCUACAUUCACAUUACAGGGCACAAGUAGCACAAAGCUGUCUAUCUGCCUAAAUGUGAGAUAGAUCUCAUGUUCCCAGUUCAGUGUGAACAUGCAAAUCAGAUCUUUUCAAAUCAGAUUUGAACCACUUUCAUAUGUGGUCCUACAUAUCCAAUACAUGACCUUGUGACUGUAUUGAGAACGGUCAAAUCAAAGCAAAGCUGUGCAAUAUAGCUCGUAAUGUGAACGUAGCCUGAAGUGCCUGAACUAUUAACAGAGGUCUUCCGUGGGUAAGUGUGUGUGUGUGUGUGUGUGUGUUUGUGAGAAUGGAGGAGUGUAGUAAAAGGGCAUACUGAAGGGCAUUUGAACAGUAAUUGAGCAGUGGGCAGAGGACUAAUGGGUAAAAUCUUCACAAGAGACUUAAAUUCCUCAAUACUGAGUAAACAUCUUGAUCGGAAAAGGAGUAAAGGCCAAGAAUUCCAGAAAUGACACAGCAUCCUGAUAAUGUAAACGGAACGAUAGAGCGUUGAAGUGUUCUUGCAGUGGCCUGCGAAAGAGUCAAACCAUUUUCAGCUCAGACGUCUGUCAGCGAGAGACUAAGCACUUUGCGUGACAGUGGGCUCAAGUUUAAGAUGGGAGGAAAAUGUAAGAAUUUGGUAGCAGCUUUGAAAAAUAUGUGAGAAAGAGAGAGACAAAGCCAGCGGCCUUAAUCAGAGGUGGCAAUGGUUGACUGAAAGCUGGCAGUUUUGACUCUUUCUGAAGCUUGUCUUACACAGUGUGCUUUUCCAUGUGGAGCUUGAGUUGUUUUUAUAAUCAAGAGGCUCGUUUGAUGAUUUAUUGAGUAUGGCAGUUUCUGAAUUUUAUAUCAAGAUAACCCACACACAUCUGAUGCUCCCCAGAGGGGAUGUCUCACUUCCUUUUCUCAGCGUAGGGGACAGUGUUUGACUGGCCCACGAUAGGAAACUCACAAACCAUACGUUGUUACGAACUUCACAUAGCUGCACAAGCUAGUCGUUUCACAUCUCAUUCAUAAGACCGCCAACGUUAGGCCAGUUGUAAGUCUCAAGGUUUGUGAAAGUGGGAAACUAGGCCCGCUGCAGCGAAAUAAGCAUUGUUGACACCACAUUUGGCGUCUGCAAGACGACUGAAUGGCUGUGUUAUGCAUGAUGUCCAAAUGUGUAAGAGAUAGAUGGCUUCACUGUACUCUAUGACCUCAGACCUUACUCUGUGAAAGAGGUUAGAGAGCCAAAAUCAAAAUGAUUCUUGGCAUUCUGGAGCUUUUCUGUGUGACACCCCUCACGCCAGGGCUAACUGUAU